ACGUGACCGCCGCCCACCGCGACAAUGGUUUUCUGUGGCGCGCCCAGCCGCGGCUGCGAGGCUUGCCGGAAGAGGAAGAUAAGGUGCGACAAGACGCAGCUCCCGGCCGGCUGCGGACAGUGCGCCAAGGCGAAGCGGACCUGUCCCGGCUACCGCGAUCUCGGACAGGUGCUGUUCCGGCAUGAGAGCGCCAAGGUCGAGCGCCGAGUGCGUGGGACGGGCCGGGCCGGCGGGAGUGUUGGCAGCGGGUUUUCGCCUGUUUCGUCGGCUGGGGCAUCGCCUGAUUACUCGUCUGGGGAGAUCCUGUUCCUGCCGCAGGAAGGCCCCUCGAUCCACUACGCCCUAACACCUACGCCUGACGACCUCGCCGCCGGCUUCUUCUUCGCCAACUUCUGCAACCACGUCGCCUUCAGCGCCAGCAGCAACGCUCACAACAACGCGCACGGCGUCGUCGCCGCCGCAGGCCCCGACACGGACCUCUGGGCCAGCGGCAUCGACACGCACCUGUACACCAGCAUGUUGGCAGUCGGACUAUACGGGCUCGCACGGCACAGCGGGAACCCCGCCUUCGCGCGCCUCGCGACCCAGCGCUACACGGACGCGAUCCACGCCACCAACGGCGCGCUGCGCGACGCCGCCGUCGCGACGCGGGACAGUUCGCUGCUGGCGGUGAUUAUCCUGGGGUUGUUCGAGUCGCUGACGGGGCGGACCAAGGCGUCCCUGCAGGCGUGGGAACAACACAUUAAAGGCGCGAGCGCGUUGGUGAGUUUGCGAGGGAAGAGACAGCUGGAGACGGCGGUGGGGAGGCGCAUGUUCAUGCAGAUCACGAGCAGUUUGCUCAUCAGCUGCAUCCAGCGCGAUAUCCCGUUCCCGGCGCCGAUUAAACGCCUCAUGGACCUGGCGAGCGAGGAGGGUCAGCUCGAGCGCAGCCAUCCGUUCUACCGCCUGAGGGAGAUCAUGGUGCAGGUCGCGGAUUUCAGGGCCGAGUGGCUAAACGCCUCGCCCUCUGCUUCCAACACCACCACCCCACUCGACCCUCACACAACGAUAACCCGGGCCCUCCACCUCGACGGCCUCAUCCUCUCCCUCAUAGCCUCCCUCCCCCCCUCCUUCGCAUACACGACCCACCCCGUCUUCCCACCAGCCGCAGACCCCGACGUCUGCCCCACAGCCGCCUACCACACGUACCCCGGGUUCUGGCUCGCGCAGCUCUGGAACAGCAUGCGCUGCUGCCGUCUGCUGCUGCAUGGGAUGCUGCGGCAAGCACUACUAGCUGGGCUGGGGGGCUCUCCGCCCGCGUUCGGGGGCGAGGAGGGCGUAAAUAUGGCUAGGCUGUUUGCGGAGCGAGAGGGCGUGGUGCAGGAAUUGGUUAGGGACGUGCUGAGGAGCGUGCCCUGCCAUGUCGGGUAUGUGAGCGCGAGGGCGUGGCGGGAACGCCUGUUUGCUGGUGGUGUUGAAACACCACUCGCGCACCUCCCGCUCGUGCGCAGCCAGGGCAGCAUGAUGCUGCUGUGGACGCUGUUCCUGGUCGGAAGUUUGGAUGCGACGGGGAGCGAGACGAAGAGGUGGGUGAUACGGGCGCUGGAGAGGCUGGGUGCGGUUAUGGGGGUUGGGCAGGGGGGUGUGCUGGGAGGGAUCUUGAGGGGGGCGGGUUCGUGAGAAUGGGGGGAGGGGAGGGUUUUUUUUUUUUUU